ACACACACACACACACACACACACACACACACACACACACAACAUAUAUACCAAGUAGUGUUUUAAUGGCGACAUUGUCCAUCCAUCCAUUUCCAUUUAUCCGGGGUUGGAUCCCGGGUGCAGCAGCCUAAGCAGGGAGGAUCUAUCUUCUCUCUCCCCAGCCACUUGGACCAGCUCCUCUGGGGGAGUCCUAAGGCGUUCCCUGACCAGCCAUGAGACAUAGUCUCUCCAGCAUUUCCUGGGUCUUCCUUUAGGUCUUCUCCCAGUUGGACGUGCCUGGAAAACCUCACCAGGGAGGUGUCCAGGAGGCAUCCUGGCCAGAUGCCCGAGCCACCUCAACUGGCUCCUCUCAAUGUGGAGGAGCAGCAGGUCCCUCCCAGAUGACAGAGCUUCUCACCCUAUCUAUCCCGAUCAGUGGACUCAGUGGUCUUCUUCAAAAAGAAGCUGAAAACUCACCUGUUCAAGCUGGCUUUCACGUGACCUUCAUCACCACCCUCUCCUUAUUCUGUUCUUAUUCUGCCUUUCCUGGGAUCCACUGAUUUCCCUCUUUCCUAUUCAUUUUCUCUCUCCCUUUUCUUUUCUUUUCUUUUCUCCUUUUAAACAUAUUUUAAUCAUUGUUAAAAUCUUUUUAUACUUUAUUUUUUGUUUUUGUUUUUGUUUUUGUGAAGCACCUCGUGAUUUUUAUCUUGAGAGACCAUGGUCUUAGAGAAGCUGAUUCUCAUCCCAGCUGCUUCACUCGGCUGUGAACUGCUCCAAUGAGAGCCGGAGAUCACGCUACGUUGUGAUUUCUUAGUAAAUAUUCUAUUUAGUAAGAGAUAAACUUUAUUGUCUUUGAGUGGAUUUACAGUUAAUUAAACUGAUAAACUAGUAGUAGCACAUUCAACGUCAAGGAAAGUAAAGUGUUAUUAUCAGGAGAGGGAGAAUGUUUAAGUGGUUAGCAGCAGUGUGCUAGCCGAUGGCCCCCUCUAUGAGGCCACCACAGCUCAGCAGAACAUCGUUGUAGCUUCUUCUGGGGAGAAAAAUACUUAGAGAUAAAAUAAACAACUGAAAUGGCAGGAAAUAUUACAGUUAAAGAGCAGAUUGUAGAAGAAAGUAGUCGAGUGUGGAAAGUGGUCAGUGCAUCCUCCAGCAGUCUAAGCCUAUAGCAGCAUAACUACAGAGAUAACUCUGGAUAACAUAGCCUUUUUAGAUGGAGGCAUGUUGGAGGCAGGGCAAGGGAGAGCCGUCUUUACCGACUGUACACUCCACCUCCCUCUACUCCCCCACUUGUCCCGCCUUUUUUUAAGCGUGGUGGUGUACCUACCAAUGGAAGAACUUCUGUUUAGAAAUGUACACCGACAUCAAUCUAAAAUAUUCAGUUUUAACUCACGUUUAAAACAAUAAUUUUACUCUAUGCGUUGUGCGUUCUUGCUGUGUGUUACAAUGCUCAUCAAUAGUUUGUUGUGAUAAAUCCACUGACAUGUUUCCUCUUUUAUAUUUUUUAUUUCUUCUAGACCCACUCUGAAGCCGAACAGCCACUCCAUGAAGACACCAACAAAGGAGAUGUAGAGGAGACCUUGGGAGGAGUGUUAGAAUGGCUCAACGGACGCUUAGCGGCUGUGCUCAGAAACAGCCUUCAUGUUUACCUGCUCCUCUGCAGCUCCACGGCAUCUUUUAACGAUGUCUCAUUCAGUCCACUUGAAUAACUCUUAUGCCAUUCUGAAAAAGGUCCUCCUUUGUGAUUUUAAGUUUGGUCUGUCAACGUUCCCCUGCCUCUGACCUUUCUGUUGUCAUGCGGUUGGACCAAUGAGGCUCCGAGAGCCUUCAGUUACGUGUCUGUGAGGUCUCCUCCCCACUCUAUGGAGGCUGAGCCCAGCCAUCCGGCUAAUGGGGAGCGCUCUGGAAGGCAAGAGCUGCAGCAUGUAACAGCUGAAUCUUCAUUAGGAUCUUGUCCACCUCAGCAGCCCCAGCAGCCUCCCAAUCCUCGUCCUGUUCACAGAGCUCUGGGUCGCUUACAGAACCACCAGCCCAAACGUACCGACCUGCUUCGAUUACAGCAGCAGCAAGCAGCAGCAUGGCUGCAUUCAGACACCCCAGGACCCUCAGGAGGCAGUUUUUUCUCCAUGAGUUCUUCGGCAUCUCCAUCCCACCCCUCUACUUCCUCCACCCAGGGUGAUCAUGGUCAUGGAGUACCAUCUCAUUCCAGUCAAGAGGGUCUAGAAGGUCUCAGCUCACCCAGAAAAGGAGAGAAGAAACCACAAAAACCAGGGAAGUAUGUGUGCUCUUAUUGUGGUCGUCCAUGUGCCAAGCCAAGUGUUCUUGAGAAACACAUUCGCUCUCACACAGGAGAACGACCCUACCCUUGUGGUCCUUGUGGCUUUUCUUUCAAGACCAAGAGCAACCUUUACAAGCACCGCAAAUCCCAUGCCCACCGCAUUAAAGAAGGUAUGGCAUCCAGUCACGAUGAGCCAAGUUUGAGUGGACCGGAGGGUAGUAGUGUUGGAGAAGACCACGAAGAGCACACAGAGGGAGAAAGUACGGAGUCUGAAGAAGAGACAGGACAGCACAGAAAGUCCUCAGCUAAGGUGAUGCUUCGACAGCAGAAGAAGGGAGGUAAGGAGCGGCUGGGAGGCUCAGAGAAGAGCCAGAGGCCUGAAGAUUCUCAGGCUGUCAAGCAAAGACUGGCACUGAGGCUUAGUGAAAGGAAACGUGGCCCAUUGGCAUCCCCAGAUGACCCUCCUUCCUCCCUUUCCACCUCCUCCUCUUCCCUUGGCCCUGGUAGCAAGGGCAGCACAGAGUCGGGCUAUUUCUCUGGCUCGGGCAGCACUGACCUAUCCCAAGUCAGUCCGCCCAGUUCGAGCGCCAAAACAUAUGCAGAAAUUAUUCUAGGGAAGUACGGAAGGCUGGGAGGGCAGCAGCGCAGUCCCCACCAGCAGCAGCUUCAUUCGUCACAUUCCUCGUCUUUGGGACCUGAAGAGAAAAGCGUCCCCUUUGCUGUGCCCAAAACACAAGUCAUAGAACACAUCACCAAGCUCAUCACGAUCAAUGAAGCAGUGGUAGACACAAGUGAGAUUGACAGUGUCAAGCCUCGACGUUCCUCCCUCUCUAGGAAGAGCAGUAUGGAGUCACCCAAAUUCAUCGCCCCUAAAGACCCUUACACGUUUGAUCCUAAAACAGAAGCAGCAGGUCCCAGUGGUUUGAGACACCUUCAGAACCCUGAAGCAGAUCCACCAGGUAUGCAGGAGCUGUCAACAAUGCCUCUUCACAGAAGCCGCUCAUUGCCAUCAUCCACCAGCCAAGACGAAACUUUCAACUCAAUUGCUAUGUCUCAAAGAGGUUACCUCAGCCAGUCAUUUGAUGAGCAGCAAGCAGUGGUAGCAGAGAUGAGGGGUGCUCACCGUAUGCUCAGACGCCAGCCUGCCAUAGAGGUUCCCCUUGGAGCCGAGUUAAUGCUGGAGGAGGCGAGUCCAGCAUCCUUGUCUCCCUCAGCCAGAGUCACCGAAUCAACCGAGCAGCAGCACCAGAAGAGUCCAAACCUGUUUGAAUGUGGAGUAUGCGGGGCCUGUUUUCAGCACGGUGAAGCCUAUGAGGUUCACAAAGGUAUCUGCCCCGGACAGGAACAGGAAGGCGUGGAUGUGAGCAAAACCAGCAGAGACAGUCGUCCACUGCUGAUGCACUCCAGGUUCCAAGCACUUGCUAUGGCUGUGAGGAAGAGGAGGAAAGAGGAAAGUCUGGAGGAAGAUCCUCCCAGCCCUGGAAUCAUACCCAGCUCUUCAAACAUCAGACCGGAGCACAGCCAAGCCCCCUCAGGUGUUACUUUUCAGACUGAGCCAAAGAAGCAGCAGCAGGACAGGAAGGGCGUGUCUGUCAUCCAGCACACUAGCUCUUUUGAGAAACAGGAGACUACAUCUAUGGAAAGCAAGGCACCAGACCUCAGAGACAGUCGACAAACACAACCUGAGCCCAAACCGUCACCCUCCACAUCACGCCUCAUCCGCCAGCCAAACAUCCAAGUGCCGGAGAUCUUUGUUACCGAAGAACUUGAUGCUGACAUGCCAUCAGUGUCGCCCCCAGUAAGAGCGUCCUCAGCCAAGGGGCCAGAAAAAGUCGAAGAGUUCCAGUGGCCUCAGCGUAGCCAAACUCUGGCCCAACUACCUGCAGAGAAGCUGCCACCAAAGAAGAAAAGACUUCGCCUGGCAGAAGCUUCCCAGUCCUCUGGAGAGUCCAGCUUUGAGUCUCUGUCGAUGCCGCGUAGCCCAAGCCAAGAAAGCAACAUUUCUACUUCGUUUGAGGACACGGUGCGAUCAGAACCAGCUGUGUGGGCAUCAGGCAGCCAGAGCUCCCAGAUGUUGAUGGUGCCAUCUGCUUCUCACCACCACCAACAAAGCCACAAGGAGAUGAGGCGUUCAGCCUCUGAGCAGACUCCAGCCAGCCCACAGCAGACAGAACAGAUCGCAGAGACCAGAAGUAAAUCCUUUGACUACGGGUCGCUGUCGUCGCAGCAGCAAACAUCCUCCUGGAAAGAAAGGAGAAAGUUUCUUCUCGUAAAGCAGGCCACUUUAGGUGAACCAGAGCAGGAGAUUGGAGCAACCAUUAGUCAGUUGUCCAGAACUACUGAAAGUCCAGAGCCAGGUCCUUCACACUCUAGCCAUCCCCUCUACCCAGCUGAAGUAAGCUCCCAGUUCUACCCCGAAACCUCAGGGAAGGCACUGCAGCUUUUACAGCCACAGAUCUUCCCACCCUGUCAGGAUGUGCAGCCCAGAGGCCAUCAUGCCUUCCCAAGAGGAACACUUUCACAGCUCCUUCCUGUCACAACAGCCAUAUCCGAAGUACUGUCCACCCAGCUCAUUCCCGGAGCCUUCCUACAGUCCCACACAGGAUCUCCGCCUAUACACUCAGCUCAGAUCCGCAUGCCAGAACGGUUGAGAAUCCCCCUACAUCAGCUCCCGCCUCUAGUUCCUCUCCCAGUCUCCAAGGCUAGAGUAAACCAGGCCCUGUACUUUCCUGUUACUUCACGAUUUUCUACAGACGUUCCACCCCAAUCCUCUUCAGGGGCAAGACCACCUGGUUCUUCCCUGUCCUCUGCACUUUCACAGCAAUCCCUUGUGACCGUUUCCUACCACCACCAACAGCCAGUCAUUACCACGUGCCUGGCACAGCUUACACCGGUGGUAUCGCUUGUGGUGCCGGUGCGCCUCCAGACUCAUAGACCUACCUUUGCCAGUGCCAUGUAUACAACCCUGUCCCAGAUUCUGGCGUCCACCCGCUCACAGGAACCAACGUCUUGCACAACUAUGAUCAUCGUGAGCCAAAUAGAACGAGACCAGCUGCAAGAAACUUACUUGAAGGUUCCUUCAGCAGACAUUCGGAGCCUUCUUCCCCUGUCUCUGCCAAAGGAGCUAGCCUCCGGUUCAGAGGAGGCAUACGGCCCAUUGGGACCUGGAGGUAGCAAACGUAUGCUGUCUCCUGCAGCCAGCCUGGAGCUCAGUACUGAGGCUCAGCGCCACCAGAAAAGAGUCAAAGAGGAGGGGGAGGGGGAGGGGGAGCAAUACAAAAGAGGAGAGGAAGAGGCAGAACCAAAGACGAGGCAGGAGGACCGGAGCAAAUCUUCGUGGAAGACGCGAGAAGAAAGAGACGAGAAGCAUCCAGAAAGGGUAGAAGUGACAGCUGUCAAAUUAGAGGAAGAAAAGGACCAAAGCAAAAAUAACAGGGACGAUAAAGGAGGAGAGAAGAAGUCAGCCGAUAGAACAAGUCAACUAAAGGGAAAGGUUCAAACUGAAGGUGAGUGUGUGGAGGGAUCAGGUACAUCUUCAUACCCCAGCCUUCACACUUCCACAUCAGUCAACUGGUGCUAUCUAAAGUACGUCAAGCCCAACCCAUCAGCCCAGAGAGACCCUCAUACCUCAGUCUAUUCCACAUGGAGCAUCAGCGCCCACAACCCCAACUUACCAGGCAUCAGCACCAAGGUGGCCCUAUCGCUGCUGUGCUCUAAACAGAAGCACAGCUCUGAGACGUACACCAUGGCCACUGCUCCGUCGCUGGACAGAGGGAAACCGGCAGCUGGACGCAGCCAGGAACUCCGUGUUUCAGAGGUAUGUUCCACCCCACCAAGCACCGUGACUGAAGUAAAGGAUGAGGAGAAGCACAAGAAGGAGGAAUAUAAAGAAACAAGAGAGGAAGAGGUUCCUUCCACCUCCAAACAAGGCGAGCCUUCUCGGGUCCGCAUCUUCGAAGGAGGGUACAGGUCGAAUGAAGAAUACAUCUACGUGAGAGGUCGCGGGCGGGGGAAGUACAUUUGUGGCGAGUGUGGCAUUCGCUGCAAGAAGCCUAGCAUGUUGAAAAAGCACAUCAGGACGCACACGGACGUGCGUCCCUACGUCUGUAAACACUGCAAUUUUGCCUUCAAAACCAAAGGAAACCUUACAAAACACAUGAAGUCGAAGGCUCACGGGAAGAAAUGCCUGGCAAUGGGACUGUCUGAGUCAUCGCUAGACGAGCCAGAGAGCGAGGAAACAGGAGGGAGCGAUGAACGUGUCUUUGGGCCAGAGGAACAGGAGGAGCAUCAGUUUUCCGAUGUGGGGGAGUCCGAUGACGAUGACGAAGAAGACGAGGAUGAAGAAACUGCAUCCCAUGAAGAUCUGCCAUCUUGCUGUUCCUCAGACACCCACCCAUCAACGGGGGGGCGCUCCAGUGGCAGCAGGCGCUCCCAGCAAGGCACACCUGAUCCGGAGCCCAGUCCGAAUCCCGGUCAGGAGCUGUCCCUGCGAGGAGUGUGGCCCAGCAGGCGAGCGGCCUCGCCGGGCAAGAGGAGAGCGAUGUUCUCUCGGCAGGGCUGGAAGGCCUCUCCAAGAGCCUUUUCCCCCAGCAGUGAGAGCUGCUCCCCCAGCCGCAGCCUGUCCCCCCGCCUGGAGCUGUCCUCACCGAUCCACAGCUUGUCCCCCAGGACUGAGCUGUCCUCGCCCAGCCAACACAUCUCACCCUCCCCUGAGAGAAGGCCCUCUCCCGUCAGACCUCUGUCUCCUCUCCGUCCCAUUUCACCCAGCUGCUACCGAGCACCACAAGUUCGAACCCCUCCAUCGCCGCUGGGGGAGCAGUGUAAACCCCUCGGAUACCUGCCUUGGGAGAGUCCUGGACCUACAGGAGGUCCCGGCAAACGGGAGAAACGAGGAGCAGCAGCAGAAGGGUCAUCAUUCCCAGAAACCAGUUUGUUUCCACCUGCUUUUCGUCUUUCCACCUGUGAGGCCUAUAGCGGCCUCCACACGUCAGAUAACAUCUUCAGCCAUCUCCCUAUGCACUCCCAACAAGCCAAGCUCCCCUACCUGAUGAUACCGAUCGGUGGGAUCCAGAUGGUUCAGGCUCGACCGAGCUCCCACCCCCCUACGCCAUCAUCUCCAACAACUCCCCCAGUGGAGGCGCAGACUCUCGCCCGCUUUGAACCGUACUGGGGCGGGACCCCCAGGACUCAAGGGCUCAGGACUCCUGGAGACAACUGGUCCAAGCACCAGGCAGCAGGAACCAGCCAGUCGGCGCGACACGGUCUUAGCACGGCACUUACACUUUCCAAACUUGAGACGGAGACCACGGACUCAAAGCAAUAUGGCAGCUUGCACAGCUCCAUCCAAACUCACGGCUCUGCUGCAGAGACCAGGGGAGCCGGAUCCGGAACGCCCCGCCUCAGCCGAGCAGCCGCCGUAGCCUCGCGUGCCAAGGGAGAUCCAGCAGAGCGGGAGGAGUGGGGUGGCGGUCCGGUGGAGCAGGAAGCAGCCCGAACAGACCAGAGCACUUAACAGAGUCGAUGCAUCUCGCACCGCGGUUUGGGUCGUUGGUUGCUACACUAGUUAAGUUUUUUAUUGUUAUGUUUUUUUUUUUUUUUUUUUUACAGAUUUCAAUACUAUUCAAUGUUUGUUCUUUGGCAAUAUUCAGGUUUGUUUAAAAAAAGCACUUUUUCUGUGUGAAAACCUUGUUUCUGUAAACGCGUAUAUCCUGUAUCUGAUCAGAUACCGGUAACCUUAAUGUUUUCUUGAAUAUAUAUAAACACAAAAAGAAUAUGAUUACAGUUGUAAAUGACCAAAACGUUAUAUUUAAAAUAAAUGAUUCCCUUUUUGUUUAUUUGAGUGUUAAUUUCUAGUUUCUUGUGCCUUUUCUGUCUGAUUUGUGUUUUUAAACAUGGAGUACAUAGAUGAAGAGAAGGCUGUGAAUUUUUUACAAUGUUUUUCUGUUAACGGGGAGAAAAUGUUGCUCUGUCUCUGCUCUAGAUGCCAUUGCUUUGCAGGGUAAUGAUGUUGGAGACGCUGAAGGAGCAGCAGAAACGUGUCCAAUGAAAUGCACUGAAGUUCUAUUUUUAUUACUAAAGACUUGAGAUCAGAGUCUAUGUCUGCACAGGGAGAACGCUCCGUAUUUAUUUAAUUUGAUGACGAUUAUUAUUUGAAAUUGUUGCCUUUUUUAUUUUGCAUUAUUUGGGUGAAAAGAAAACGUUCAUCAGUGUCCUUUUUUUAUGAGUUUUCUUGUAACUUGAACUGGCGGUGGGGAUGAAAAGCGGCGUUUGGCUGGUACCAGAGGAUCAAGUGCCCUGCAUAUUUCACACGGUCACAUUUUUAGUCAUUGGAGAAAUAAAAAAUAAUGCACCAGACUUCCUUCAA